UCGCGCGCUCGCUCGCUCGCUCGCCGUCGCCGGGGAGUGUCUUCUUCAGUUAUUCGUCCUCCUCCCGGUUCGGGAUCGAUUCCGGCCCGGUCUCCCCCCCAUUCCGACGAGGUGAUUUUGAUUCUUCCUCCCCUCUUGCUCGGUGGUGGAGUUCGUUUCAUCUGGGGUUUCCGGAUUUGCUCGCCAGCGGUCGCGGUUGGGGAGGCGGAGUCCAGGGUUUGUCCCCCCAUUCCCCUGCUAGGGUUUUUGGGUGGUUCGCCAGGUGAUUUCCAUGAGCGCGGGUUGGGUAGUGUACACUAGUGUUUGUUUGCUUCGAGCUGUGACUCUCACGCGUUGGUCUUUUCGUCUCGGCCUCGUGCCUACCGAGGUUGCCACUUGUUAGGAUCGAGAUACUCGGUAGAAUCGUUUCUUUUUUUUUUAUGAUAUAUUGAUCGUAGGAUUGGGAUUGGGAUCCUAUCAGAUUUUAUAUAAGUGUAUAUUAAAAUAUAAGAUUUGUAAUACAUUGCAAAAAUUAAAGCUUGUGUCCGUUGUGUUGUAUGUAUCACACCUCAAUCUUAAUUCAACGAUACACAAAUCCAAUGCUUAUUUCUGAAAAAAAUAUUAAAGCUUAUAAUAUUGAUUUUGAUAAAUUUAAUCGACUUCUUUAGAAACUUGUGUGGACUUACUCACAUUAUUUUUAACCCACCUUGAUUUUAAAUAAUCCUUAUGUAGGAUCGGGAUCCUACGUAAGCUCUACCGUUACCAAGGGAUCGUAUGGAACUCUUAUUUAGGAUUGGGAUACUACGAAAGUUGGCUUAGGACCAUUUUGGUUUGGUAGGAUCGUAGUAUUGUACGGAUUGGGAUCUUUAGACCCUUUCUUUUUGAAGGAAUGGAUAACUGAAUUAAUGGGCAUGCUUUCCGAACUUCUAAAUGGUCCUUUUUUUCUGAAACAAUUCUAUAUAUGAAUGUCAUAGAAUAUUGUUUUAAGUCCGUCUUUCAACUUUAUAAUAAUAGUUAAUUUUUUCGUUUGUACAAUAGAAUAAUUAUCACAAAUCAUUCAUUCGACCAUUCAGCACAAAAGAUCAAUUUCCACUGUGUGCAUAUGCAUGCUUGCUGCCAUGUAUGGAGAUUUAGUUCGUCUAGAUGGAGCCUACCGAUUUGCCCUUCAUUUUGUAGGAUUUCAUGGUGACCGUUUGAUCCCUCCCUGUCUCAACCAUGUAUAUAAAGAAGGUUGUGGUAGAAGGAUUUAAGAGCUACAGGGAGGAGAUCUCAACAGAACCUUUCAGCCCAAAAGUUAAUGUCGUUGUCGGUGCAAAUGGAUCUGGCAAAUCAAACUUCUUCCAUGCUAUACGGUUUGUCCUUAGUGACAUGUUUCAGAACCUGCGCAGUGAAGACAGGGGAGCCCUUCUUCAUGAAGGUGCUGACAUCUCAGUUCUUUCGGCUUUCGUUGAGAUAGUGUUUGAUAAUUCAGACAACCGUAUUCCAGUCGAGAAAAAGGUGGUACGCUUGCGCAGGACAGUAGCUUCAAAGAAGGAUGAAUACUACUUGGAUGGGAAGCAUAUCAGUAAAACUGAAGUCAUGAAUCUGUUAGAGAAUGCUGGAUUUUCUCGCUCAAAUCCAUAUUACGUUGUCCAGCAGGGAAAGAUUGCAGCCCUUACCCUAAUGAAAGAUUCUGAACGACUGGAACUCCUGAAAGAGAUCGGUGGUACGCGCGUUUAUGAAGAUAGACGGCGACAGAGUUUGAAAAUCAUGCAGGAAACAGCCAACAAAAGAAAGCAGAUUGAUCAAGUUGUCCACUACUUGGAGGAAAGGUUGAGAGAACUUGAUGAAGAGAAAGAAGAAAUGAAGAAGUACCAGCAGCUGGACAAACAAAGAAGAUCACUUGAGUAUACCAUACUGGACCAUGAACUAAAUGAUACUAGGAACGAAUUAGCUUUGAUGGAUGAUAACCGAAGAAAAAUUUCUGAAAGAAUGUCCCAUGCGGAUAAUGAAGUGGUAGAUGUACGUGAGAAGAUCAGGAGUUUUGAGAAAGAAAUAAAAUUCUCAACCAAGGGGAUAAAUGAGAACAAGGCUCAAAAGGAAGAUGUAGAGAAGAAGUGUACAGAGGUGCUUAAGGUAGUUGCUCAAAUUGAGCUUGAUUUGAGAGAUAUAAAAGAUAGAAUUUUGAAUGAAAAAUUGGCAAAGGAUGAAGCUGCGAGGGAUUCACAAAGUGUGAGGAUGGAGAGUGAAAGGUCAAAGUCUGAAUUAGCUGAGACUAGUAAGGUGCAUCAAACCAAACUGAGGGAAGAGGAAGAAAUAUCAAAAAGCAUAAUGGACCGUCAGAAGCAGUUAAGUAUAUUGUACCAAAAGCAGGGGAGGGCAACCCAAUUUGCAAACAAAGCUGCCAGAGAUAAGUGGCUUCAAAAGGAAAUUGAUGAUCUUGAGUGUGUGCUUUUAUCAAACCGAAAGCAGGGAGGUUUACUCCAAGAAGAAAUCCAGAAGCUUAAAGACAAAAUUAAUAACUUGAAUAGCUAUUUUGAGUUCUACGAAAGUGAAUCAAACAAAUUAGAGUCCGCACUUGCAAAGAAGCACAGUGAUUACAAUGACUUGAGGAAGCAGAGAGACAAGCUUCAAGAAGAAAGGAAAUCGUUUUGGAUGGAGGAAGCUAAUGUGACAGCUGAAAAAGAUAGGCUCAAGGAAAAUCUUGUGAAUGCAAAGGAGAAGCUGGGCAAUGCAACACCUGGGGAUAUCAUAAGAGGCUUAAAUUGUGUUAGCAGAAUUACCAUGGAACAUGGUAUUACAGGAGUUGUUGGUCCUAUACUAGAGCUGAUUGAUUGUGAUGAGAAGCUUUUCACUGCUGUUGAGGUCACUGCAGGGAAUAGCCUGUUCCAUGUAGUUGUUGAGAAUGACGACAUAUCAACGAAAAUCAUUCAAGUAUUGACUCGAGAAAAAGGCGGACGGGUGACAUUUAUUCCACUGAAUAGAGUGAAAGUUCCAGAUGUUAGUUAUCCACGAAGUGACGAUUUUGUUCCAUUGUUAGAGAGAUUAGAAUGUAAUAAGGCCAAUCAUCGCCGUGCUUUUGAACAGGUUUUUGGCAGGACAGUAAUAUGCAAAGACCUGGAAACUGCGACCAAAGUUGCACGCGAUAACGGGCUAAAUUGCAUCACGCUUGAUGGUGAUCAAGUUGCCAGAAAAGGUCAUAUGACAGGAGGUUUCCAUGACUAUAGAUGCUCAAAACUGAAGUUUGUAAAAACAAUUAAGAACAAUAUGAAGGCAAUUGAGGAAAAGGAGGAACAUCUAAAGAAUGUUGAAAGGAAUCUAAGUGAUAUCCUUUCUCCUUGUUUACAUGACGCUGAUAAGAAAAUGACAGAUUUAGUUACCAAACAGCAGCAAAUGGAUGCUGAAAGUGAUCAUGCAAAAUCAGAGUUGGAACACUUUAAGGUUGGCAUUGCUAGCACUAUGAAGCAAAUAGGAUCACUUGAGAAGGCACUAGGAAAGAAGGAAAAAUCUCUCGACAACAUCCAGAACCAAAUUGUGCAAAUCCAAUCUGGCAUUGCAAUGAAAUAUAAUGAAAUGGGAACUGAAAUUAUUGACCAAUUAACUUCAGAAGAAAGAGAUCUUCUUUUGCAAUUGAACACUGAAUUAACUGAACUAAAGGGGAAGUUUGUCUUAUGUAGAAACAGACGCAUUGAGAUAGAAACAAGGAAAGAAGAAUUGAAAGCUAAUCUAUCAACUAAUCUCAUGAGGCGCCAGAAAGAGUUUGAAGCAGUAAUUUCAUCCGCAGAUUCUAAAACCUUGUCUCUUGAAGCUGAAUCAAAAGAGCAAGAAUUAAAUAGCUCUAAGAGCAGUCUUGAUGAUUUGACUGCGAUGCUGAAAGCUAAUGUCGAUGCUAUCAAUAACUUUACGAUAAAGAUAGAGGAACUGAAAAGACAAAGGGAUAAUCUGAAGACACUUGAAGCUAACCUGGACCAGACUGUGCGAGAUGGUGCCAAGGAUUUGGAACAGCUCAUGAGCAGCAGGAGCAUGCAUUUAGCUAAGCAAGAAGAGUGUAUGAAGAAGAUCCGAGACUUGGGACCAUUGCCUACUGACGCUUUUGAGACGUACAGACAGAAAAAUAAGAGGCAGCUGCAGAAGAUGCUUUACGACUGCAAUGAACAGUUGCAGCAGUUCAGACAUGUUAAGAAAAAACCUCUUGACUGUGUGAACUUCACAGAACAACGUGAACAACUAGAGAGAAGAAGGGCUGAACUUGAUGCUGGUGAUCAGAAAAUCAGGGAACUCGUGUCAAUUUUAGACCAAAGGAAGGAUGAAUCAAUUGAACGUACAUUUAAGGGAGUUGCGAGGCACUUCCGAGAAGUAUUUUCUGAACUAGUGCAAGGUGGCCAUGGACAUUUGGUUAUGAUGAAGAAAAAAGAUGGUGAUGCAGGCGACGAGGAUAUUGAUAAUGACGAGGAUGGGCCUCGUGAACCAGAUUCUGAAGAUAGAAUGGAGAAGUACAUUGGUGUAAAAGUCAAGGUUUCCUUUACUGGCCAGGGUGAAACCCAAUCUAUGAAACAAUUGUCUGGUGGGCAGAAGACAGUGGUGGCAUUGACACUGAUUUUUGCCAUCCAGCGUUGUGAUCCAGCUCCGUUCUAUCUUUUCGAUGAGAUUGAUGCUGCUCUGGAUACACAGUACAGAACUGCUGUUGGCAAUAUGAUCCGCCGUCUUUCGGACAUGGCUGACACUCAAUUUAUAGCGACAACAUUCAGACCGGAAAUUGUAAAAGUUGCUGAUAAAAUCUAUGGUGUGACAUACAAGAACAGGGUGAGCUACAUCAAUGUGGUGUCAAAGGAGCAGGCUCUGGAUUUCAUUGGGCAUGACCAGACACAGAAUGCUAUUUGAGACCAAAUAUGCUUGUGCCAAUGGUUUGCUUCUCUUGACACUCAAGCCUGACAACAUCAUCUUAGUUGCAAUUUUACGCUACCAACAUACAUUGUUUCUUUUUUCCGUGGAGAAGGCUGAUGCAUGUCUCGCUUUGGCUGGAUGUCUUAUUUACAUGGUUGGACAGUUGGACUAGUUGUGAAUAUGCAGUUUUUGGAUUUGUUCUCAGCUGAUGGAUAGAUAAUGUUAAGCUUUCAGAGCCAUUGUUUGCUUUCUGGCUUAUCGACCAUAGCCAAAAUUUUAAUUUAAAAUGUUAAUUUUAGAGUUAAUUUUUUGAAUUUUUUACCAUUAUUUUAUUUUCAGCAUUGACUUUCAAGUCACUAAGAAG